UACAUUUUGAUUAGUGUACUGGAUGAACCACCAUUGAUUGUACUGAAUGGACCGGUUCAUUUUUCUGCGAAGUUAUUUAUCGCGCUUCAGUAUUUUACUUACUAAAACAAAAUACACAAGUUUUUUCAUCUAAAUGAACUAAGGAGAUGUGAGUUAGGAAAUAAACCAAAAUAUCUAGUUAACGAAGACUUAAGGGCGCAAGUUCAAUUAUUCAUUAUUCAAUAUAAUAUUAAGAAGUAUUAUGAGACAUCGAAAAGCAACAGCACUAAAAGGUGAUUGGGAUCCCAAUAAUAUGAUCCAAGCAGUUGAAAAUGUUUUAAAUAAAACUCUAUCUGAAAGAAAAGCUGUUGAGAUAUUUGGAGUCAAACGUUCAACUCUUAAGAGGCGAAUAAAAGAAGCUCGACUAUCUCAAAAUGGAUUGAAUAAAUUGCAAUGUGUUCCAUAUAGUAACAGUUCUAUGAAAAUUUUUUCAGUAACAGAAGAACAAGAGCUGGUUCAAUAUUGUUUAGUUUCUGCAAAAAUGGGAUAUGGGUUAAGUCCUAUCAAGCUAAGAGCACUAACAUUUGAAUAUGCUCUCAAACUUGAGAAGAAGUGUCCACAUUCUCGUCGAGGUUCUGCUAAACCUUGGGAAACAAAUAAACAUGCAGGUGUAGAUUUGUUUAGACCUUUUUUUAGUCGUCAUCCAAAACUUGUUAUAAGAAAACCAGAGGCAACAUCAAUUGGUCGAAUGUCAGCAUUCAACAAGUAUAAUGUAAAUCUAUUUUAUAAUAAUCUGCAAAGUCUUUUGAUUAAAUACAAGUUUUCACCAAAUGAUAUAUGGAACGUUGAUGAGACUGGUGUUACUACUGUACAAGUGCCAGAGCAUGUUUUAGCCAAGAGAGGAGAGAGGCAAGUUGCUUCUGUCACAAGUGCAGAACGAGGUAUCUUGGUAACAAUGUGCAAUGCAGUAAAUGCAAGUGGAUCCUCAAUAACACCAUUCUACAUAUUUCCACGUGUUCAUUUUAAAUGGAAUCAACCUUUAUGGAGUGGUUUAAUCAUUUUAUAAAAAGUGUUCGACCAUCUAAGACAAACCCUGUGCUGUUGAUACUAGAUAAUCAUGAAUCUCAUUUGUCAAUUAACUUCAUUGACUUAGCAUCAGAUAAUGGUGUAAUUGUUUUAACAAUCCCACCCCAUACAUCACAUAAACUGCAACCGUUAGAUAUAACAGUGUAUGGACCUUUCAAACGUCAUUAUAAUCGUGAAAUUGAUAGCUGGUUGGUAUCACAUCCAGGAAAAACUGUUUCAAUCUAUGACAUUGCAGAAAUUUCUGGAAAGGCUUGGGCAAAAGUAUCAAUGCCAGUUAACAUCAUUAGUGGUUUUUCAGUAUCUGGAAUAAGUCCUUUUCAACCUGAUCGGUGGAAGGAUGAGGAUUUUUUUUUAUCUCAGGUUACAAAUAGACCCAAUCCUGAAACACUCAACAUCAAUCCAGUGUCAUUAGAAAUUAUUAGACCUAAUCCUGAAGCACUUAACAUCAACCCAGUUUCAGUUGAAAUUAAUAGACCUUAUCCUGAAGCACUCAAUAUCAAUCCAGUUUCAGUAGAAGUUAUUAGACCUAAUCCUGAAGCACUCAACAUCUAUCCAGUUUCAGUAGAAAUAAAUAGAAAUGUUAAAGUCAACAAAAAUGUUAGCAAUACCCUGAAUGUGGAAAGUAUACGCCCUUAUCCUUCUGCAAAAGCUCGUUUAAAAAAAACCAAAGGUGCUCGCAAAAAGCUCUCCUCUUCGAUUUUAACUGAUACUCCAAUUAAAGAGGCUCUUCGAAAUCAACAACUUCAGCAAAAUUUAAAAAAACAAAACUUUUCUGAAAAACAAAAAGAUGCUAAAAAUAAACGUCAAAGGAAAUCAAGAAAGAAAUCAAGCAACUCAAAAACUCUAAAGUUUCCAUUAAUGACAUAUAAUAAUGAUGAGGCUGAUGAUAUUCUUGUUGAAAGAAAUGAUAAUGGUGUCAAAGAUAGUUUAAAUUUUUGUGGAGGUAUUACAUCAAAUUACGAUUUGUGUGCUAUAUGUGAAGAAAUGGGUCGUGACAACGAAGUGUGGUACCGUUGCAGACAGUGUGCGAGCUGGGCACAUAAAGCUUGCACAAGUGCAGAUAAUGCCAGCCAAUAUGUUUGUGAUUAUUGUAAUUUGAUUAUCUGAUUGAGACUUCGGUCUAAAGUUGUAUUAAUUAAUUCAGAAAUAUCAAUGUCUCAACAUA